AUGUCAUUCAAUUCUUUAUUUUUCGUCACUGUUUUAUUCUUUAUUUACAUCGAUUUUACGCUAGCAGAUCCAUCGGAAUGCAGACCUGAGGAUGUACCAACUAAUGAUAUCAAAAGGAGGAUUGUGUAUUUGGAUCGGAACAAUGGCAAAUUCUUUGGUAAGAUCUUCAUAGUAGUUUAAAGUUUAUUUUUACUAGAUGCUGAGGUGAUCUUUGACGUUUGCACAGAUAGAUUGCAAAGGGCAAAAUUAAGAUUUGUUAUCUCACAGUGCAUGUCGGCAAACCGACAAUUCGCGUAUCAACUUUUAUGAAUCAUAUAAAAGGAAUCUUUUACAGUCAUCACUUUUAAAAAAGUGAACUAUAAUUAUGCACAGUGAGGGACCGGAUCCAAUGGCAAAAAUCGUCUCAUUUUGCAUCCCGGAAGGGACCAAAAUGUCUCCAAACCCUUCCCUUCUCUAAGCUAAAAAACCUCGCUUUGAAGAGCCCGCCUUGAAGGAAAGGGCGCGCUUUUCAAAGCGGAGUUUUUUUAGCUUAGAGAAGGGAAGGGUUUGGAGUCAUUUUGGUCCCUUCCGGGAUGCAAAAGGAGACGUUUUUUGCCAUUGGAUCAGGUCCCUCACUGUAUAUACGAAGGUCAAACCAAAUUUUCCAAAAAAAAAUUUAAGGUGCCCUUUUCAGCCGUGAUCUCACUCGGUGUUCCCCUACAAGACUUUAAUGUUGCUCUUGACUUCAACAGUGCUGUGUUAUGGGUGCCCCACUCAAACUGCCGAUGUGCAGACGAAUGUAAACAAGGUAAGAGUUGCCGGACCUAAUGCUAAUGCAAAAUUAAAUAUUUUUGUUGGAAAAAAUGUUUAAUUUUGCAUAUGUUUUCAGCGCAAUUCUGCAAAGAAAACUGCAGCCAACAUUGCUGUGAGCAGAACCUGCGAAACAAACGGAUGAAUGAAGUCUCACCGCUGACAGGGAAAUGCACAAAUAAGAUGGCGUUCAGAGUCAAGAAAUCAAGGCUUUACAUGGAAAGUAAGCAAAUUCUCUUUGUAACAUCCAUGCCCAAUAAUUUCAGCACGAAACUAUCUUCGCGUGAAGUAUGCUGGAGAAGAUUUGCUGACUUUUAUCAGCCUAGACCAGAUGAGUUUUGGGUCGCGGCACGCCCCUGGAAUCACAAUUCCUCAUGUCGAAUUCGGCUUGCUUCGCGAGUUCCCGGAAAGUUAUGAAGACGCGGUAAACGAUGGAGUUCUUGGACUUGCUAUCAGCGAUAAGAAUGGAAAUCAAAGCAUAAUGAAGCAGCUACUGGACAGAAACUUUAUACCCAACCCAAUAAUCACAAUAUGGAUAAACAACGGGAAAGGCGAUCUUCAGCUGGUAGAUGGCUCAAUGACAAUUGGGGAGAUUGACACAAGAGUAUGCGAAAAUAAGCCAGGAUUCUUUAAACUUGCUUCGUUGGACAAGUGGGCGUUUUUACUAAAUGGAGCAUCUGUGAGCGGUAAAGAAUUCCCGAGAUCCAAGGUAAGAUCAUUGCUGUCCAUAUAAAGUAUCGAGCUUUAGAUAUCAAUCGAUCUAGAGGCACCCAAACUUGUCGUUCCACAUGAGGUGCUGGUCCAUAUUAUAGAACUUUGCAACGCCCAGAUGGACGAAUCAACAGGCGAUUUAAUCGGAGAAUGCACAGAUACGGCAGUUGUUAUUUCUCAAGGCGGAAUUUCGAUGCAAACAAAUCUGAUUAACUACAUGACAAAAUACGAUAACAUUUAUUGUCUAAUCAACGUUCGAGAAGCAACACCAGAAGAUCCAUCGGAGUGGGUCUUGAACGCGGGAGUGACGAAAGAUUUCUGCAUAAUAUUGGACUACUCAGGGCACCUUGGCUUUACCCCAAUAAAAGCGAAAAAGUCUUGA